AUGGCUGCUGUUCCUGCUCAGAUCCCUGAUGAGUUCGGUCCUCGUCCCAUUGAGGAUUCAGUGUUAAGGUUUCUAAAAGAACAUCGACCGUGUGCUGUUUGGGAAAGCAAGGUUGCCAGUUACAAGCAGUUGUUGAUGCAUUAUGCAGUAGGUAGUCCUGAGUACAAACAGAUUAUAGCUGUACUUAAGGCAGUGGAACACCUUCGCCGUAUAACUGCCCAACUUCCUUUGGAAGAGACCGAUGGGGAAAAUCCAAAAGCGUCAGAAGAUACUGGACGACCAAGCACGAGCUCAACUCGUGCCAGCCAUAGCCAUGGUCAGCGUGCUGCACCCCAUCAGAUCCCUCCACGUACUGCUCAUGCAGUUCCUGACCUAGAGAUCCCUCUACCCACUGCUCAUGCAUCUUCUCACCCCAAGAUCCCUUCACACACCCCACGUACAUCUUUUGACCCCACUCAUCUUUCAUUUACCCCGCCAUCCUUUGAUCUCGGCUAUGAUUUCAGUCAGACCCCUCCUGUCAUGCACACUCAAUCCCCCUCAUACAGCAUUGGUCAUAUAGACCAUGUACCACCCCAUAGUCAGUCCAUGUCAUUCAUGCCCACUCUUGGACUGCAUAUAGAUCCCAUGACUACAGGCCUUACUCACAUUUCAUCUGCUACACCGUCCUCCCCUGCAGUUAUAGGAUCUUCAGUUGUUGGGAGUCAAGCAAAACAGCGAGAUGUGCAUGUUGAGAAUGAGCAGGUAGUUGGGUUACAGUCACCCCUACAAGGUUGA